AUGAUGGAUCGAAGAAAAGGGAAUAAAACGCGUCUAUUCUUGAGUACUAAGAGAAAAAAACAUCAUUUACGUAUAAAACGGAAGAUCCAUUUUGCACCGUGUACAUUACCAUCCAAAGAGAGUCGAGAACCGUUUGACGAAAACGCAAGCUCUUCAUCGUCAACUACUAUACUCGAUGACUUGCAUUUAGUUUGUGAUGACGAAGAUGGUGACCAUAAUGAAGAAAUUCAAAACGACAAGUUAUCAGGACGCAGAAUCGUAGAUAUAAAAUAUCUGUUUUCUGCUAUUUCAAGCAACAUUUAG